AUGGACAAAAAGCUCGACGCCUCCUUCGAGCGCGUUGAAAAGGCGCUCGCCGUGCUCAUCGACUCGAUGACAAAGUUCACGCCCUCCGAGAAGGCCGCCAAUGACGUCGUCAAGGCUGAGCGCGAACUCUUUCUCGGUCUGGAGGAGCUCGAGGUUCACCAAAGAAACGUUGCCCGCAUCAAGCAGCUAAAGCAAGAGACCGAAGCCCUCGAUGCCCAAACAAAACAAACCAUCAGCGCCCUCUGGGAAAUGCGCAAGGAGCUCGUCGCAGUCGCCCCGACCAAGUUCUCCCCAGCCAAAGAAGAGAAAUACCCCUUUACCACGCAGCAACUCCUCGACUACGCCCGGCGCAUAAGUCGCAACACCCUCCCCCCACCAGGCGUCACAAACGGCGUCGAUCUCUCAACCGCCGCCCCCACCACCCCCGACGACCAAGCUGCUACAGGACCCAAUGCCAGUUUCGCAACCUCAAUAGGUGGCGGUGGUGGUGGUGGUAGCGGGCAGGGAACAGCAGCUUCGACUCCGGCGCCAGGUGUUCAAGAUUCGUUCGUCUCCCAAGUCCCCUCCCAGUCCCAGACAGGCGCCACCGAGCUGCCCGUCCACCUCAAGCCCGCCGUCAACCCGCUCGAAAAUGCACCCUUCUUCACCUUCCCUACUAUCGAUCGCAUCCGAAGCGGCGCCCUAGCUCAAUACCAAGACCUCAUCAACCGCGGCAUCGACCCCAAGAACUACGACCCAGAAGAGGAGGAGCGGCGCAUCAAGCAGGAGGAGCAGGACCGCAAGGACGCCGAGGAGCGCGCCAGACAAGAGAGGGAGGAGCAAGAUCGCAGAAUGCGCGAGGAGAGAGAGCGCAUGGCGAGGGAGCGCGAGCUGGCCAGACAGCAGCAGCAGCAACAGGAGGGUAGCAUGGAUCGCAGGGGGAGCGUUCUUGCGCCUGGGCAAGCGGGUGGUCAACCUGCCAGAGCGGCACCUAAGCAGUUUACCUUUUUGGAUGAGGAUGACGACGACGAGGAUGAGGACUAG